UGGCUGUUUUCUGUAAGAAGAUGAAUAAGAAAUUAAUAGAAAUAUGAAUAUUACAUGUCUCUCUCCUGUCAGGAUGGCCAGUGGAGCACACUGUGUAUUGCUGAAAAUGAGGUCCAGAGUUACACAGUAGAAGUGGAGAAUAGCAAAAAGGUUCUUCAUCUGGUUCUGACUGAGCCGCUCUGCUUUGACAGCUUAGACGGCUCCAGUGUCACCAUCAAGUUCAGCUCAUCUCUAGACAUCUUGCGAGCCACUGAGAGUGUUUUUGGUCAGGCUAAGAACAGGACGUCUGUUAGGAAGACCUCUGUUGUAAAAACACCAGUUCACGUCAACCUAAGUUCACAGGAAAGUUCACAGGUUUUUGUCCCUGAAAGUCAAGCGUCCCCCUCUUUGCAUGUAGAGGGAAAAGGGUCAUCAUCAACCAAGCAUGGCAUUUCCUGCCAGCCUCCCACACAUCCAACACCAGAUACAAACACUGUCCCCCAACAGAUGGUAACCCCUAUAAAGAUGAAGGUGUCUGAGUCCUGCACAUAUAUCUCUGGCAGUGUGGGGAGUAAACAUGGAAGCUGUUCCUCCCUCUGUGUGCUGCCUGCAGUGUCAAAGCCAAUGGUGAAACCAGCUCUUCAGAUGAUGAGCUCUUCAGAGAGGAAGAAAGAGAUUGAACUUAGAGAACUCAUGAUGUCCAAGACAUCUUCCAUUGUGUCUUCUCAUAGUUUUCAGUGUGAGAAUAACCAAAAGAAGGCCCAAGCAAUUCAAGCUCAGUCGACCCCUGCUGCUCAUAAUGAGGACCAACAGAAAAUCCAGAGCAUAAAGGCUAAAGAAAAGAAGUACCACAAGCAUAUUCCUGUAGAAAAAGUAGUACAGAUGGUGCAGGCUGAUAAAGAACAUGAAGAGGAAACUUUUGACAACAGCAUCGUCCCAGACACCCAACCUGUGAGAAAGGGAAGCUCUUUUUGUCCAGCUCCCUGGAGCUUGAACUCUAGUAAAAGGAGAAUCUCGGUAUGUGGAUCACUGCUGACUCUGCAAAAAGAUAGCUCUAAAAACGGCACUAUAUCAGAUGGUAGUUCUCAUCCCCCUCCUCAGCGUCUGUCCCCGGCACAGUGUGCACCCAGAACCCUGACCCAGAAGCAGCUGCACACCCAGCUCACUCAGAGACUGGAGGAGGUGCUGAGGGAGCAGCAGGGUACAGAUGGCCAAGCAGGCCAGAGAUGCUCCUCGCUGGAGCCCAGGACUGCAGGUCAAGAGAAAGAAAAUAUGGAGAAAUCAGUGAAGUCCGUGCCUGCUAGACCUACACAAGAGAAAAGGAAGAGUAGUGAGGUUCAGGGCGAUGCAUCAGACCAUGACAAUAUGGCUCAUGCUGCAGAUGGUAUGGUGAAAAUGAUAACCAGUCAUUAUAAGAAAACUGCCAAAGCAGCAUCCCAUGAACCUGGGCCCCAGUUAAAUAUCACGUCUACAAACAGAUAUCUGCUCAACAAGAGCUGCCGUCCAUCCUCAAAUGAGAAAGCUGCUGCCAGGAGUUCAAGCUCAACACAUGACAAAUCAAAGAAGGAUUUCCAGCAGCUUGAGGAUAUUUAUACAUUUACAGAAGACACACCAAAAAUUAGUGUGAGAAAGAAAUCCUCUGAUACAUCCAGAGUGGAAAGCAGUGCACCCAGUAAUCCUCAGACUCUCUCCAAGUCAACUAAGAGACCUCAGCUUUCAAAGGCUGCCAAGACAAAUGUGAAGAAAAACCUGUUCAGUGAUACAGACACAGACAACAUGACAGAGAUUAGCUGGUUAAACUCAGCCAACAGGAAAUCCAAGCCCAAAGUGUUAGAUUAUACCAGGCAGCCGGUUAAACCCAUCUUUCCACCAGCUGACACUGCAUUUAAAUCACCAUAUACACCUUUGUCUUCGCCAAAACCGGAGAAAAAACAAAUCAAGGCAAAGCGGAAGAGGCAGAAGAAAAUGGCCGAACAGAAGGAUAAAAGGCAGCCAAGCAUCAAUAAUAAGAAAGCAACGGGACGACCUCAAAGAGCUGCAGCCCUGACCAGAACCUACAGAGAGCCGUCUGACUCAGACAACCAGUCCAGUCUGUCAGAGAGCGAAAAAGCACCACCCCCUAAGAAAAAAGCAAUUGGGAAACAAGCAACGCUUGAGAAGUCUGUCCCAGCUCGAGCCACAGAACAAGGAGAAAAGAGAGAGAAAACCUCUCUAGACAUAGCAAAGCUACAAAAUGAGAAGAAUGUAUUGAAAAAGACAGAUAAAGGCUUUGCAAAGAUGCUGCAAGAUCAGAGGAAUGACAAAGGCAAGAUGUCUAGUCUAGAGCAUCUCACAGUGCAGAAGACGUCAUCUGUUCAGGGGUCAGCCAGAAGACAGAAAGAAUCUUGGGCUGCAAGAUUAUCUUCCACAUUUGCCUCACCUCCCUCCGUUGAAAAGAUGAGAUCUGGUGAAAAACUAACAACCAACUUGAGAUCCAGUGCUACACCUCUUCGUUCUCUGUCCAUCUCCCCAAUCGAAGCUGACUCUCCUCCACUACAGUCUUUCAGUUCUCUCAAAGAAAUCCAAACCUCCACGCUCCGUAAAACUCCAGGGAAUAAAGCUGCUGUGAAACCAUCAUCUCACUCCAUAACACCUGUUUCCACAACCUCAAGAGACUCUAAGCAGAAUCCACCUGCUGCUCAGGUUGAACUGAGUCCAGUCCACUCAUUACUGAUCCCUACUCAACCCAUGGAGACAUCCAUGCUGCCCUCCCCACAAGUCCCUUCAGACCUUCAGGAGGAGCAGAGAGGUGUCAUGAACAAACCCAGUCCAACAUCUUUUGAAAGAAGAUCUGUCAUUUCUGUGACAAUGAGCCAAUCUUCUCACAUAUCUGUGAGCAACAUGGCCCUGAUGUGCACUGAGCUAGAGAAAACACCAGCAUCCCAGAAAGUAAGUUCAAGGAAGGUUGAAAGACUAGAAUUUAAGUCAGGUCCAACAGCCAUCCACAAGCAUGUCACCCUGAGCCACUCCACUAGUCUUUCAGAGAGAGAUGAAGACAGUGAAGAGGACAAAGAAAAUAAGGCUCCUUCUCCAUCACAGCUAGCUUUAAAAAUGAAGCCCAGAAAGCUGUUCAUGUCUGCUAAUAAAUCCUUCACUCCUAGUAAGGGCCCCAAUAUUAAACCGCUGGUGAAGGAUCAGAGCAGCUCAGAGGAAGAGGAGGAAGACACAGUCACAGAGAACGGAAGAAGAAAGAGAAGUUACCAGAAAGGCCUAAAUAAAAGGGCCAAGGAAACAACAAUAUCCACUGAAGAAGUGGAGACGCUGUCAUCUUGUACGAGGUCCAGUUGCAGGCAUGCCAGUGUGGAGGCAGACAUAGACCUGACCCAGCCUGCUCAGCAGGUGGGCUUUAUCUGCCAUCAGUUCAGCUCAGAGUUUAAGAGGAAGAUCAAGAAUCGCUGCAGGACGAUGGAUCUUUACACCAGGCAGACUCUGAAGACCUUACAGCAGCACAUGUCCUCUGUCAGUGUUCAAGUACACCAGUUCAGUACUCAGAGGCUGGAGAAAGUUAAACAAGUCCUGUUGAGUGAAAUAGCAAAUUUGGAGCAAGAUGACAUUGUUUUGAGAAGCAUGGAAGAGGAGUUGACGACUUACUGGGAAAAGCAGACUGUGGCUUUCCAUGCUUACCAAGAGAAAGGAACCAAGAGAUUACAGCAGUUGAAAAGCACCAUCCAGACUGACGUGUGUGAUAGUCUGGAGUACGAGAAACAAAUCUUCUCUGUGGAGAUGUCUUUGAUGAGGAAGAACAUGAAGUCAGUUCAGGAGCGUUUCUUCAAAGAAAUGCAAGAGGAAGAGUUAACGAGUGUGCGAAGAGGACUGCAAUCCUUGUUCUUCCCUGAUGCAUCAAGGUUCUGACCUGAGGGGAAAAAAGCUACCGUUUGACUUUAAUUAUUAUUAUUACUUUAAGCUAUUCCUAAAAUGUGUUUGUAUGCUUAGAUAUCAUUAAUGUUAUGUUCUUUUAAAAUAUUCCUACUCAGAAAAGGUUAAAUAUUUGUACUCAAUGCUGUUUAUUCUGAUCUUCUUGAAACAAUGGUUAGCUGUACAUGGUUUUAGCGCACAUAUUUGCUUAUGAUUUUUAAUAUGAAUAAUGAAUAGUUGAGAAAAGUAAAUAAGUAAAUGUUUUAGGCACAAAGAACAAAUGCAUUUAUUCCCAACAUCCCACCUUAUAAUAACAGAUUUAUGUGCGCAAAAUUAAAAAGGGAUACUGGAUUCUAAAAGCAUCUUUAGUCAUAAGAGGGCCUGAAUAAGCAAACCUCAUUGCUUAAAUUGACAGUUUCAGCUUUACUGAAAGAGUUCCUUUUUAUCAUUUUUACUUGCAGUUAAAGAAUUAGUUCACUUAGAGAAUAAAAAUUUCCUGGC